AUCGGAGAGACCACAGCGAGCCCGGUGUCUCAGCUUUAUUUGGCACGCCCACUCUUGCUGGAGAAUCUCUCCGAAGCGUCGGCCUGUCUCGUAAGAUCACUCGGGAAAAGACAACAAGCCGGGAGAGUUGGUGCACGUGACAGAGCCACACCGCGAAGGAUGAAAUCAAGCGUUGUUUACAACUUACUGCGCCGCUAUACGCUUAGCACGCUAUGGUGGGGUGAUGAACGGGUUAUCUCUUUUAUUCAAUACUCGGAAUGAGCACUGGAUCGGCAGACAUUUGCCUCAUGUGGUGCAUGGGGUGAUCGUUCUGUGCGUCCUCUUCAGCAGCCGAUCGGCUAUCUUCAAUGAAAUCAGUCCGAUAAGAUCACGCGCCCGGUUGUUGUCCCCACGCCUUUCACCAACAAAAAUCGCCGCUGGAGCAUCCACAUGACAAGGCGUCAUUAGUUCAUGCGCAAGACGAGGACAUCUCUAGCUGUCAACGGCUGUGAGGAGUGAAGCGCCGCCGACUGAUGCAGCGAUGCGGCACCACUGGUUGUUCCUCGGGGCUUGCGGCUGGGUGCUGCUUAUCCUCGUAUUCGUCACCAAGUUUAUUAGCCACAGAGCUAUCGAUGAAUAUGAAGAGCCAUAUAGGCGUCAGCGCCCGACUGUGUCGGCAAACAGGACAGGCAAGUUUCAGACGCUCAUCGGAGGAAAACCGGAUUCGCAGAAACCAGAGCAGCAGAGGCCUCAGUACUCAACCGCCCCUACCAUGUCAGAGUGGGACUCCAUUGUUGAAACGCGACUACAACUGCUACUCGCUGUAUGUAAGAACAGCAGCCUUAGAAAUUUGACUCACAUCCCCAUCAGCAAGUUUGUCCUGGAUCGCAUCUUUGUCUGCGACAAGCACAACAUCUUGUUCUGCCAGACCCCCAAAGUGGGAAACACACAGUGGAAGAAGGUCCUAAUAGCGCUCAACGGAGCCUUUUCGGGCGUGGAAGAGAUCCCAGAGAACUUCGUCCACGACCAUGAGAAGAACGGCCUGCCCCGCCUCUCAUCACUGAUGCCGCAGGAAAUUACACACAGGUUAAAAACUUACUUUAAGUUUUUCAUCGUGAGAGAUCCAUUCGAACGUCUGAUCUCUGCCUUCAAUGACAAGUUUAUCAAGAACCCCCGCUUUGAGCCUUGGUACCGGCACGACAUCGCUCCCGUCAUAAUCCGGAAAUACCGCCGAAGCCAUCGCGACAGUGACCUGAGAGCGUCCGGCUUGCACUUUGAAGAUUUUGUCCGUUACUUGGGGGAUGUCGAAGGCCGCCGCCGCCUGGAUCGACAGUUCGGCGAACACGUCAUUCACUGGAUGACGUACACAGAGUUAUGCGCACCGUGUGACAUCCACUAUGAUGUCAUUGGCCACCACGAGACGCUGGAGCGGGACGCCGCCCACAUCCUGCGGAGAGCGGGCAUCGAGGGGCUGGUGUCCUACCCAGCCAUCCCUCCUGGCAUCACGCGCUACAACAGAACCAAGAUUGAGCGCCACUUUUCAGGAAUCAGCAAACGGGACAUCAGGCGCCUGUACGCGCGCUACCAGGGGGACUUCCACUUAUUUGGAUACCCAACACCCGACUUUCUACUGAACUGACAUGACUGCGUGUCACACAGCUGAUAUGGAUUGUCUCAAACAAGUACCGUGUCACUUAUUGAUCACAACAGUCACUCAAAUGCAGUUUGCAAUUUGCAAUUUGGUAGCACUGACAAACUAGUUUUAGUCCAUUGUAUGAGUCGUAAGGUUUGAGCUGAUCUAUCAAAAUGAACUUUCCUACAUUUUUUUGUACACUGGAGAGAAUGUGGUUGAAUGGUAAUAAAGUGAAGAGGCGAAGAGCCUAAUAAUGACUGAAAUCCCGAUGCUUCCAGAUGAACAACAUUGCUGCGCUCCACAGUGGAGUCACCGUUCUAGCAUUCUGGAUGGCAAAAGCUCACUUACACCAUUCUUUUUAAAUGCAAGUCCCAAGGACCUGGCCUAGCCAUUGAAUGAUAAGAGGCGUAACAUGCAGUGUAGAAAUGAAGGAUGGAAACGUCCUGAAUACAGAUGGGAGUGGGUUUUGCUCUUUGCAAGAACAAUAAAAACAUUCAUUCAUUCAUUCAUCUUCCGAGCCGCUUGAUCCUCAGUAGGGUCGCGGGGGGUGCUGGAGCCUAUCCCAGCUGUCUUCGGACAGUAGGCGGGGGACACCCUGAAUCGGUUGCCAGCCAAUCGCAGGGCACACAGAGACGAACAACCAUUCGCACUCACACUCACACCUAGGGACAAUUUAGAGUGUUCAAUCAGCCUGCCAUGCAUAUUUUUGGAAUGUGGGAGGAAACCGGAGCACCCGGAGAAAACCCACGCAGGCCCGGGGAGAACAUGCAAACUCCACACAGGGAGGCCAGAGCUGGAAUCGAACCUGGUACCUCUGCACUGUGAAGCCGAAGUGCUAACCACUGGACUACCGGGCCGCCCGUAUAUGUUUAUAAUUUUGUAAAUUAUAUUGUGCCAUUCACGGUAUGUGAAAAGUCCCGACUUAGUUCACACCUUCCUCGAUUACAGCAAGUCAACUAGUACUAUAUUAACAUCAUUGUUAGAUAGUAUGUGUCAAUGUGUAUAUAUGAAACAAUGAUUCAAAUUCUUCCACGAGUGUAGCCGUCGUUGGUUUGUAACACCGCUUGUACCACGCACGUUGCUGACCGUAAAAAAAGACGCAUCAAAGAGUGUUUUGAUGUUUGUUUUUGCGGGCAUUAUUACCGUCUGCUUGUUUCUCUACGAACACUUGUUAAAACGGACCUGUUUCCUUUACCCACAAUGCUUGUCGUGUCCUCCGUCCUUCCGACUUCCGCCGCAGCAGUCUGCAGUUAUGGCCCCAACCAAGAAAGGUGAAAAGAAGAAGGGACGUUCGGCCAUCAACGAGGUGGUGACCAGAGAGUACACCAUCAACGUCCACAAGCGUAUCCAUGGAGUGGGUUUCAAAAAGAGGGCUCCACGUGCCAUCAAAGAAAUCCGCAAGUUUGCGGUGAAAGAGAUGGGUACCCCUGAUGUGCGUAUUGACACUCGCCUCAACAAGGCAGUGUGGAGCAAGGGGGUCA